AUGGAGCUAGUGUGGGAAAAUGGAGAGGUUCUUAUCCGACGUCCAUCAUCCUCUACAAGAACUGCUCAACCAAGGCCACCUUGCACCAAAUGUUCCUCUCUCACGAAGAUGAAGAGGAAAGAUGGAGACAUAAACACUACAAGAAACUCCAAAAAUUCAAAUUCGAAAACUCUUUAUUCGACCUCCUCUCUUAACAAUUGUUUUGAAUCAUUACCUGAAUCAUAUGAGACCAAUCAAUCAAAUCCUUCUUCAGUACACAGAAGUAGCUUCAGCAUAAAAAAGUUCAGUGAGCAUAUUAUGGAAUCUCGUUUAAUAUUCUCAAAACCAGACAACGCUAUUGGGAGUACAAGCACGUUUGCCAAGGGAGAGUCUCAGCCUCUGACUGAAUGUAGCUGUGUCAACUUAUCUAAAUCUGUUUUACGAGAUCCAGGAUCAGGACUCAGUGCACCAGUAUUGCCAGCCAGUCGAGGAGAAUUAUUGUGUGCCGAAAAGUCAAUAAAUGAAGAGUUUAAGGUUUCUACAUCACAUGUAGAUUCAAAACCAUUUGAUUCCAAGAGCAAUUCACCUCCAGAUCAGCAAUCUAAUAUCGUUGGGCCUCUGGCAGAAUCUUCAAAAUUCUCACAAGGAUCAUCAAUUAAUCCAAAUAUAGUUGCCAGGAGAAAUUAUCAGCAACCUAGAGAUCAGUCAAAAUAUCAGAGUAAUAGGCGUAGAAAUGAAAUCAACAAGAGACUACGGAUCCUGCGAGAGCUCAUACCAAAUUGCCGUAAGGUGGAUAAAACAAUUGUGCUAGAUGAAGCUAUUGAGUAUCUGAAAACUCUUCAGCUUCAGUUACAGAUGAUGUCAGUCACAGCUGGACUGUACAUUCCCCUUUCUAUGAUGUUACCACCUGGACCAAUGCAACAAAUACGCACUUCAAGUUUGGCAAACUACCCAACAAUUGAUGCUGUAAGGGGACUGAGGAUGGGAACGGGUGCCGGAUGCAGCAGCGCAUUACAGUUUCCUACUUCACCUAUAUCAGGAGCUGUUGCUACGAAUUCAAGACAGAGUAUUUAUCACCAAAUGCUAGGUGUUCCCAGUUCAGUGUCACCCGUGCCUAUGACAAUACACCCACCCCUUGUACAUUCACUCACAAGAUUUUCUGCACGAUCAAUGGCAGAUACCACUGAGAAUAUAAAAAAAACAGUAGCUACGGGUUCUAAUGUUCCACAAAUUUCAACAACUAAAAUGAACUCUAAGAUGAAAACAUCCACUGUUUGA